AUGUCUGUCAUUUUCAGCGUUGGCAAAAAAAGUGCCAAUAUUGUUAAAGGCAAGGACAGAAGUGCCGCCAGGAGGCGUAUGGAGGGGACUGCCAGCACGGGGAAUUUGUAAGUAUUUGCCAAACUUUUAUUUCAUUGAGCACUUGUCAAUAUUCCGCCUCCCCAUUCUACGGCAAUUUCUGAAAAUAGCUUUCCCUCGGUGUCGACAGUCAGGUGGACAUUGCGUGUUUUUCCAGCUAUUGCGUUUUUAGAUAUUUGUCGUAAUUUUUCUAUCUAGCGACCGCUCUCCACGCAGUCUAUUUAACGAAUUUCCAACCGACUAGUUGAAGUGAGCGGUGAAAUACACAAAUAAACUCUCAUCAAAUUAUUGUUUACUGGAAUUCACUACUUUAGGAGAUUUUCAGGUUUUUAGGGGACAUACAACUUGUAAGUUAGUAAGUAAGUAACUUGUAGUAACAAAAACCUAGUGUCCUGAUGAUGCGUUGAAUGAGCUGGAGUCUUAGAUGGGGAAAAAUAUGAGACUGCAACACAGCUUUGCACCCACAGUUUUGCAACAAAUGGAGGUUGCCUCAGCCACGCAGGAUCUUGACAUACCUUCAACUAUGAGAAAUAGGAUAUGCAUUCUAGUCGGAUUUUGGCCAAUAAGGUAAAACCAGACACCUUUGACAGAACGAUCGUAGGCGUGGCAGGCGAAGCUUUCAAAGAACUAAAAUGUUAAAGCCCAGAGAUGUUUAGCGCACAAGAUCGUCAGAAUACGGGACAGUUCACUUAGAUCUCCUGUGUCAGUAGCCAUGUGUACUCUACUUCGUCUUAAGUGUUUCUUGGGAAACAUCCAAGUGGGCAGAUUUUGAUGUAGGGGAGUAUUCGUGUAUCGUAGAAAACAGGCAGCCAUCUAUAAACUGAUCAGCCGAUCAACAAAUCUGUGGUUGCUAAUUUUUGUGAAACAUCGAAGUUUGAAAUUUUUCCAGUGAGAUCACGACGUACCGAAAAGGUGGUCAUCGAUCUGUCUUGACUGCAGGGCGAAAAUGCCCUCACAUUUUACCCUGCAACUGUGAGCAUGCAAAUGCCGUAGGCCACGCGAGCUGGAAAUAAACGGCUGCUGACGAAAAAUGAGCAGGAUGCGACUACUCUGGUAUCCUCGACUUUGUUGGCUACAAGUCUCGGAUUCGGAGCCAAUAUACGACGGCAAAAAUUUGGCUGUAUAAUAUUCGAAGGCUUGAAUGUAUAAAUCCCAACCACUUUAAUGGGUGCACGCAGACCUGACAUAGCUUGCAGAAUGGCCUAGCUCCAUUGCCUCGUGGUGGAGGUGGCGACCUGCAAUUAACUGCCAGACCAGAACAUCUAUGUUAUUAUGGCCAAAAAGGUCGAUCGUGGUAAGUGACGGGGUCCACCACUGCAUCGCACGGGGCAGCGGUAACUUCUGCGCGGAUUCACUGCUGUGAGGAACACUUGUGCAGUGUCUACCGCGCCUCACUGUUCCCACGUCCACAUCUACCGUUGGCAGACCAUCUUUGCUGUCUUCUUUCUUUGAACUUUGGCGAACAGACAAAUGCCACUGGUUGACGCAACUUUCAGAACGAUAUGCAAUUUUAAGAGCAACCCACCGGGAUCACAGAAGUCCUGAGGGAAUUGGAGCUGCAUGCCAUCUCGACCUUGGGUUGCCAACUGAUGCCAGAAGUUGUGAUUAGUGAAAUUUUCUCUCUCGAAGUCUCGAUACGAUAAAAGUAAGCACUCUGGUCUGUCGAUAAUCAGACUCGGACUGCGCAGCCUUAACUCCACUAGACGUAGCUGUACAGCCCUCUGAUCAAUUAGUUAUCCAUACACAGCCCAUAAGCCGUGGCGGUAUUAUACCGAGGCAAAGGUUGUCCGUUACCAAUGGAGAUAGAUAGCGUGAAGGAGACACGAUCUUUGAGAUAACAGCUGUAUUAGCCUGACUUUUCGGGUUUCUGCUCGAACCCGCCAUCAAAGGCAAACACAGAUACGGGUCUGAUGAUGGGUUCGAGCAGGACCCCGAAACGUCAGGCUAAUAAAGCUCUUGUUGCAGCGAUCGUGUCUCCUUCUUCAUGAAUGCUUCUUGGGCCUCGUCUUCUCGAUUCUACUGGCAGGGAAAAAUACCGUCCUGAGCAGUGGUGUGUCGGUGAGGUGGAUGAAGACGUCAGAUUUCGAAUCCUGUUGCCGUGCGCAACUAUCCCACCGUAAAGCCGCUCACACGCACUGACCCGGCUUGCCGAAGAUCCAUGACGCCGAAAGAGGCUCUUUCAUGCCCCAAUUAACGGCAGGAACAUCAACGGAACGAUGUCUGCCAUUACGGAGCGAAGGAAGCUAAAACAAAAUGUCCAAUUUAAAAGUGUAUAGUGAUGUUGGCGCGACCUCGAAAUCAGGGUUGGCCCUAGAUAUUACUGUAGUCAUUAGAAUGGUCGAUCCCUAGUGACUACGGAUAAUUUUGUGGCGGGGGAUAACAAGGGCAAGAUGCGGGUUUGGCCGCUGUGGAUAGAAAGUCCGCAGGAAUUCCAAGUUUUGGCCUUUUGAAGGCUUUUGAAUCCUCUUUAUAAAAUGAUCUAUUUUAAUAACAGUACUCAUACUUGAAGUUGUCCGCCACAAGUCAUGCGGACCACUAUUGUCCCGGAUGGGACUCGGCAAUGACUUGCGCGACAUCUUCAUCGUUCCAGUCUCCUCGCGCAGUCCGUGUUCUGCUAGCAAGAAAAUGGGAAGACGGCCGGGGAUGGGCGUGGGCGAGGUGACUGAUAAUACUUAUCCGCUCGUCUGUGCGUGCUCCACACGGUCUCUGCAGAGGCAGACCGCAGUGCGAGGAUUUUUUAAAUAAAUUAGGCGGGAGUAACACUAAUACUGUAUUAAGAAGACUUUGCAGCCUUAUCUGAUAAGACCGAAUUAAUCCGUCGAGUGGCCGUCUUCCACGUUACAUUUGUUACUUUGAUGUAAGCUUCCUGCGGUUCAGAUUUACUAUAACGAGAAACUCGUUGAACUGCCAGAACGGGACAAUCAUGCUGCACCACUGAUGCCACUGUUUCUGUAUCUCAUGCAAUGGUUCCUCACCCAAGCCUGUCGGGGAAUCGUGUUGGGAUUGCCAGCUCCAGCUAACGUAGCGUGAACCUCAGUCUGCCGUGUGUACCAGGCGCUCACAAGGCAGAUUCAGCACAGCAAGUCGAGCAGUUGCCAUUGUCCAGGGACUGUGACCUGCGUAUGACCGAAUGGCCUGCGUGACUUAACCUUUUCACUAUGCGCGCCCGCUCUGCUUAACCGCGCCAGUUUUGCUUUUAAUCCAAUCCUUUGUGGUUUCUUGGCCUUGAUUAUGAUAACGUUUCGCGAAUCCGAAGCAGAUUUGCACCGGUGUCCACUGACCUCUAGGAAUUUUGUUUACCCAUUUGUGUGCGCAUGUGCGAAAAAAGCUUCCCUGAGUUUCUAACUGCUGAAGCAAAUGCACCUGUGAUGUCGCAGUUAAUGAUGCACAGGUAAUAUUCUGGCUUGGUUUGCAUCGGUUAGUUAGAAUACCUUCACUAGUGGUCGUUUACCUGUGUGCCAGCUAAACAAUUCCACAAUUGCAAAGCUCCUGAAGGCUCGACGGAGGCCACUUAACGCGUGUUUAAAGUGGCAAGCAGACCUUGACGUCGUAUUGAGGCGGUAAGCUGGAACGCUGACUGAUAAGGCAGCUUACCAAAGUUAGCAAAUUGAUCGUUUGCACUGUCAUUGCAUUGGGCCAAUUCCGGGUUUGAAUUUCGCUUGCGAUUAGGGUAACGAUACUCCGAACACCAGCCUUGACCCGAACUCCAACCUUACCUAGCUCCUAAUCAGUCAGGCCUCUAUGGCGUUUUGCUUAUCCGGCGUCCCCACCUGCGUUUUCACUCGGGACAUACCUGACUAUCCCACGCUGCCUCCACGGAGUACACAAUGGUUGCAGAGUGUUAACCACUGCCUUGGUGAACGCACAUGGUUACAGCAAAUCACAGUUACCCGCUGCAUACGGGGUCAGUUAGACUUUCGUAAGGAUUCCUUCGUUGACAGGCUUGAGGAAUGGUACGCUUAAAUAAACAAGCGACAACUACCAGGGGAUCAAUUUUCUCUCCUUUCUUAGGCUGCAUUUUCGCUAAAUCUGCUGCCGUCACUGGUGUGGCCCCAAUCCCCUCCACAUACCAGUACCUCUGACUUCUUGAUCAAUUUCAGGGACGGGGUAGUGGUGACAAGGUUUUGUAGCCCCAUAGAAUGAUUAAUGAGUGGGGGCGCAUGGACGAGACAAUCCAGAAGUGGUCCUCGCACUGAAUAGAAGAGUAGUCGCACUGAGGGCGAUGCUUGGCAGAACGACCCGAAAACCAGAUGGGUCAUUGUUCUGUUAAGUGUGCCGGGCUGUCUGUUUCGUAAGUAACAACACGCUUACAGACUUUCUGGUUACUAUGCACUUAUAGGCUCUAAUUGCCUGCAGUCAGCGGCCGAUCUCACGAAAUGUUAACCGAAAUCCUCAGAUGUGUUUUCAGUUGCGAAGAGGUACAAAAGUAGACUUGUAAUAUGAAUUAUCGUGUAGCAAAAUCCAAAGGUACUUCUUUCCCGUCAAGAUGCCGUCUUAUGAAUGCGCUUACUCCUUGCUGUCGGCUAAAACCGUACUUGGCAGAAAUGGCAACCUGAGUAGUGUAAAGAUUUCCAUUGGUUUUCGAUACCCCUAUAAAUUAAACCAAUUUUUGGUAAGAUGUGGUUUGGUAGCCCCACCGGAUGAACACAAUACUGGUGGGGUUGUGGUUAAGGGUUGAAGUUCAGGGUCAAAGGGUUAGGGGUUAGCGCAACCCUUUAUCAACCAUUCAAAGUACAACCGCGCAUUCCCAAUAACUCUUCUUUUGCACAAAACUACUUGACCUCGUAACCUGUGCGUCCCCCAGCCCCGCAUGUAAAAACCCCUAUGACCACCGAUCCCGUAUUACAGGUGACUGGGGUUUUCUUUCCUUCAGGUGGGGCUACAUCAGCACAUCCGACCCAUUUUUUUAGGAAAUAUGCACUCAACGUGCUUUCUUUUUCCUAUUUUUUCAACAAAUCGCGUCUUAUUCAAAGUACGAGGUCGAAGGAAGGUUCUAUUUAGGUUUCUAAGAUGUUCUUUAGUUCUCGAGUAAUUUUGGGCUAGAUCUGCCGUUGCGUAAGAGAUUGGGCUUGACAGCUUAGGAGCCAUAUAAGUUCCACAUAAGGAACAACACACGUAUCUCUAUGUCGUUAAGCGGAUACCAUAAAGGACUCACGAAAUUUUGCCCUGAACGCGACUAUGUUAAAUACUUCAUAAGCAGUGCUAAUAAACGGACAGAUAGGGUGCUACUCAGGGAGAAAUGUCAUGGUCAUAAAAGUCUAACGUUUAGGAAUUUUAUUACAACCGAACUAUAUCUUUCAUUUGGGUAAAGAAGACCGAAUUUACUACUAAAAGAGUACCAGAAAAUACAGUGUCGUGAAUAUUUCAUGCUAAAAAUAUUCGAAUUAUAAAGGGCACCAAAAAUUAUCUUACAAUCAUGCCAGAUAAGUAAUGCAUUUUGCCGAGUGUGAUUUAUUCAGACGACCAGGAAGAAGCUGAUGCAAAAACCGGCAUCCCGGCAAGACCAAAAUAUUUAGGCAGAAUGCUAUUACCGACACAGACAAGGGAGACUGGAAUGGCCAUUUCUGGCUUAUUAGCCGUCGUCAGCCAGCCUACCACUAAAAUAUUUCUUGACUGUGCGUCACGAUAGCUCAUACGACAAGCCCGCUUAAGCUAUCCUCCUUAAUUGAAAACGUACUUGAAAAUUUCGUUUAACAUUUCAUGAGAUCGGUCACCCAGUGUCUUUUUGAUCGAGAAAAAUCACUACGGGACCUUGGAAUUGCUUCAACUCACUGCUACAAAUGAGCGGUAAAACCGCAGAACUGACCCAGCAUCCAAAUUACUCUAGUUGAAAAUGGGCAAAUUUUAGAAGAUUAAUGUCCUGACAGAUUUGGUGCUUCGGGGUAGCCCAGUCUAACCCAUUUAACACAAAAAAUAAGCAAACAUUAAACUAGCAUUAGCACAAGCUGGGAUGGAUCGUUUCGAUCAGGGCUUAGCUACGAACGUCCCACACAGUGCGCGACCAAAUUAUGAGCACCAUGGACAGAUUAAACCAAAAAAACAGUCAUGCUUCAUCUGCUACAUUUCUUGGGACAAAUGAGCCUGUAAACACGUACGUCAAACUGGAUGAAAGCUACAGAUUGGCUUGCGCGAAGAUAUAUGCUUAGCUUGACAUGGGAGCCGACUGACGGUUGUGGUUGCCCACUGCCUGGGGCAGAAUCUCAACUUUCAUUUUGUUGCAAUACUGAUACCCGGACGAACUGCAAGUGGGAUCAUACUGGGUAAUAGAGUCUUGAGAAAUGCUCCAAACACGCAAAACGAAUGAGUCAAACUGGCUCCAACAUGCCAAAUGUAUGACGUCUGGUGAGAUCGUUGCGGCCCAAAUCAUAAGGGAUUGGAUAGGUUAGUAUGCAAUGUUCUUUCCUUUUCUCUAUUUAGAUACUUCUUGUUUCUCGUUUGCAAGUUGCUCUUCCCGUUUAACGCAUUUUGUUAUUUCUUUUUUAGGCCCACUGAAAUACCAACGCGAGUCUAUGAUCCCUCUGUCGACACCGUUGUUUGGAAUACCAAAGUGGCUGGAAGUCUCCAGAGCCUUGUAUUCAGUUAGUUAAAUGCACUCUUUUCCAAUGUAAUCAUUACUAAUGCAACACUAGAACACAAGGUACGUGAGUGCGAUAAGGCUUGCCAUCGUCGAAAAAGAACUGCUAAUCCUUAGAAACGGCUGGGCAUUAACCGGCAGUUGCCAUCAAAUCAAUCUGCCUAGGAACUUAUGGGUUUAAGUAUUGGCCUCAAGGGCGGCCACUCUGAGUAAAGUAUAUUUUGUUGAAUUUCCCAUAGUCGACGAUUUACGAAUAUAUGUACUUAGCAAAAGCCUCACAAUAAUCUAUGCAUUAAGGAGAUUCUUGUCAACAAUUUUGGGGUCCAUAUUUGGAGACUACUGACGUGGUUGUUAAGACCGUUUUCUCACCAUAUCUAUGCGUUAGAGAUUUGGUUUGCGCGGUUUUUUGAAGAAGUCUUAAUAAUUUUUCCAGAAUUCUACAAAAAUUGUUUUAUAUCCGGAAAGUCUAUCGGGAGAUAAUGAAAUUUGUUUGCGUGCAGUUAAGAUGGAGUGUGCUGAGGCGUAGACAGAUAUUCGUCAUUCGGCAGAACCGAAAUCACAAGCAUAGGAAGAAUCAUAUUUGAUAAAAAAUGAUCCUAACGACGCCGUCAUAUGAGUACAGAAUUGUUUAAAAUCGAUAUUCUUGCAUAGUAACAGACUUCGUCUAACUUCUCAGACUUUAAUAAUUUCUUAAAAUAGAAAGUAUUUCUUUACAUCAGCUCGAAUGCUGCUCCAGUUUUGACUGCUUUUCGACACGACUUGAUCCUCAGUGUGACCGGCAUUCGGCCAAGCUGCGAAUGUGCCGUCACGAAUGAAUCGAUAAAGUGACCUGUGUUUUUAAAAUGCUUCUCAAGGCAAUUGAUCUUUGGGACUUUUAGUAGGAUUGGUGAGUGCUGCGUCGAUCAACGAAGCAAAUCCUCAAAACGUGGGAACUCUUGUUCUCAAAGCUCGAACAUCCAGAAGAAGGACCCACCUUUUAAUGACGCGUUCGUUUCCGCCAAACCAGCCGUUGCUGCACAAUUUCACGAAUACAGAUUCCAUUCUCUAAAGUACCCAGUACAGGAUUGAGGAGAAGAAUAAGAUCGGGACUUCCAAGCCCGCUUUCUGUUAAGGGAAAAAUGAAAUAUUCAAGAUGGAUACAUAUAUAAAAGCAAGCCGAAUACGUUGAAUCUCAUUUUACCUCUAAAUCGCGGAAGUCCUCCAAAUGUAAACGACUUUUAACAAUUUAUGAGGACUUUAAUACACAGUAGUGUACUGUAAGCAUGCAUACCUACAAACAUCAGUGUAAUAGCAACGCUAGAUCUCAUGUUUUGCGUAUCGAACCACCAGGCGACGCCUGAAGCUACAGCUGUGUUUAAAAUAAUUGGAGAUCUAACUCGAGAGAUAGACCACUCCAAAAGGGUAUAAGAUAAACGUAGUCACCCUCCAAGCGAUUACCCAAACCUUGUCGAUUCGUCUAGAUUGACACAUCGGCAGAAAAUGAAAAGUGUGUGGCUCGAACACAACCAGUAUGAGAUGGACAGGCGCCGCAGAGGUAUUAACACAGAGUUAAAAAUCCACUUCGAUACUGAACGUUGUCGGCACAUACUGUACUGAUGGACAGUACAGGUACGUUGGCAGACCGAAUAGGUUGCCCUCGUCCCCCUGUCUUCCUAUGGUGCGAUAAGAGGCGGUUAGCAUGAAUAGGAGAACACCUCGCCCAUCAUACCUUCAAAAUUACGUUGUGUGGCUUUGAUGACAAACUCUAUACUGGGCGUUGGUUGACGCUUAUGCUUUGCAAGAUAACCUCCAUUUCCCAUUUGCGCAAAAAUGUCUGCCGUCCCUGCCACUAUUCGCAUAAUCCCUGUACUACACUUUCAAUGCAUACUAACAUUCGAUUAUUAUGUGAAGGAACUAAAUCUGCCCAUGCAACUGAAAAAGUUCUAAUUUGUGACCUUAAAAUAUUUGCAAGUUAGAAAACAAAAGAAUCCCUUCUUGACGAAAGCCUACCAGUCGUACUACAAGAUGUUUAUAGUAACUUCGAUGGGCCGCAGCAACUUGUUGUGAAGACAGCCCCAGCAACGUAUUCUAAGUUAUCAUCUAAAAACAACACAAGUCGAAGUAGGCAGUGGAUACUUUUUAUCCUUUGAACGUUUAGUUGACGGCGCUGCACAUGCAAAUCAAUAAGGUUCCUUGGCGAAGCCAGAAAUAUGUUAGGGCAUAGUUGGUGGAACGUUAACUUUAACCCAGGAAAUCAUCUCCCGUUCAUUUUUAUCGAAGCAAUGCAUGGUCAAGCUAAUCAAAACAUACAGUUCGUGACCUAAUACGUGAAAGGCCGCGGACUUCGCACAAAAAGCCCUUAUAUGACAAGGCCCGCCCGCCCGCCCCGUUAAGUGAGCUCAGAGAGGGUCCGUAUUUUCUAGUUAACUCACACUGUCUUCUUGAAAUAAAUCUGAAUAAGGCGAAGUCGACGAAAUAUGAAGAUUCUAAUGACUUAUUAAAAUUCCGCAACCUCUUAUUCUAUUGUGCACGGCCACUGCACAUCCCGAAGAUAAACUGUCUUAUAAGAAAACGGCCUAGGUGAAUCAAAGGUGGUUGAUCUGACGUGCGGAUGGUCAUGAUGUGAGCGUGGGCUGCGAAGCUGCAUAGGCAAAGGAGUUCGAAUUACAGCGAAACCUUGUCAUGCGACAUUUAUCAUUCAUGUGGGGGAGAGGAGGGGGCGAAAGAGGAAAGGUAAUUAGUUCAUCCAUCGACACCCUCUGUGGUAAUGCUAGGUGGAUCACGCUGCAACCCCAAGUCGCUCACCUGUAGCACAUUCCUUUCUCCUCACACCACAAACACCCGCAAGUCAGAUCAAUAUUUCCUGUUUUUAUCUAUCUAUCACAUUGGAUUCCUUAGGCCGUUGUCUCUUUGGGCGGUUCAUCUUCUUAACAUGCAAUGACCGUACACAGUUAAAAAAAGGUUGCCGGAUUUUUUUCAACUCAUUGGAUUCUGCAUAUCUCGCUGUCUUUGCCUUGCACAGACACGUUUAUAAUCAAGACAACGGAUGUUCGUCAUGACAUAAGCACACACGCAACAGGACAAAAGUGUUCCAUAAUUUGAAUUAACAUCCCCAAGCACAGCUGACAGAAUAACGUACGCGUGACUCGGUGGUUGAACAUUUGGACCAACGUUCAAUGAAUAGACGGUCAGCGUUCGAACUCGGCUGACUUAUGACGGCAAGCAAAUCGGUGGUGGUCGCACCAGUCGCCCUAGACUUUGUCACGAUUUUUUUUACAUUGUUGCUUUUCGCGCCACGUGAUCGUUAGCGAGUGCUCUGGACAGGAGCUUCAAAAAAUGGCGUAACAAGCCGUACCCAUACCAGCAAACAACCAUUGACUCUUAAUGUUCACAUAGGAUAAUUCGAUAUUGUUGUGCUAUAUUAUGAGGUCUUUUUAUUUUUAGCAAAAUCAACGAUGAGCAUCUGGCUGGAAAAUGAAAAACUGGAAUACGUCGUGAGUAAUACCUUUUUAUUUGGCAAAUGAGGUUCUAUUAAAUUAAUUGCAAACAGGUCCUUCCAUUUGAGCAGUGGAAAGCUCGGUAACUUAGAAUAUUAGGCAACUAUGGCUUCCCAGUACCUCGUAACUGGGCAGUGCAAUCUUGGAUUGAGCUUUUCGUUGUUGGUUGCACCGGAAAUUGGGUAUAGCAAUGAUCUUAUGGUCAGAUUUAUGCGUUCUGGUGGGGUAUUUCACUUUCCCCUACCGCUAUAUGGCGGAUUAAGGGAUUUCGGUUGGAUGAUGUGUUCAUAACCCAUCUGAUUGAUUUGAUCUAUUAACUGUCGGUGUUGCGUGUGCGUUUGUUUGAGUCCCCAAGCCUAGCUGGAGCUCAUGUCUUUUUUUGGUGAAAGGGUAACGAUUUGCUACGUAUGACUAAAACGUUAUUCUUGGGCAUUGCUCAUAAGCCAGACGACAAGCUGUGAAACCAGUUUUCGUAGCUCCAACCUUUUACAGUCAAACCACGACCGUUUUUCAAUUUCAGAGAACUCUACCUAUUUCAAACUAAUAUACUUGGAUACCAGUCAAUGGAUGUCUGUGACUGGAAAAAGAACCUAGGCAUUAUUUAGGCAUGCCGCCACCCCGAUUCUUACUGUCCGUUAAUAAAUGCCUAAAAAACGUUAAUAAAAAUAUUUUUGCACAUGUCAUUUUGACCGUCGCAGGGACGGUGACUCGCGAACGAAUUAGUUUAUAAUAGCACCAAGCGUGCGCGACAUCUGUUGCACUUCCUCCUGAGCCUGGUAAAAGAAUAAGUCAGAGCGACCGAGACAGAAUCGGGCACAAUGGCUGAUACAGCUGAACAGGCCGUCUAUGUGCGCGACACACGCCUUGUCAGCGCACGAGGAAACAGGUGAUCACAGAAAGUAGUAAGGGGAGAUUCGCAUUCAAACAGAUUGGAAGCGUCGUUGGGACUAUCUCUAGAAGGAGCCAUUGCAGCCCGACUCUCUGUCCUAGAAGGAGUUGUCGCGUACGUUGACCGUCAUCCAAGUCACGACUUUUAGCGAAUCGUGACAGUACGAAAACAUGUAAAGUUGUUUACAGGGAACAAACGCGCGGCAUUGCGUGGAGCCGCGGUUUUCAAUGUUGACGUAAUUUUUACUUUCCUCUCCCGUGAACCAGGCCACUGAUCGAGGCGGUUAGCCAUCUGAUGUUAAGAUGGAGCGCAGUUAUCUGACUUAGCUAAACAGUCGAUCUGCGUAUAUCAUACACGACCUGACCUCCUUACAAGACAUCUGGUUUUUACACAAGAGGACACACGCUUGGGGUUGGGUAUGACUGGCUGAUGACGGCUAAUAAGCCAGAAAUGGCCAUUCCGGUCUCCCUUGUCUUUGUCGGUACCACACGAUUUACAUGCACAGAUAUAUGCAAUGGUAGGGGGCGCUCACCGAUCGUUCAUACGGAACUCACUCGUUCCGUUGUGCCUUAAGGGCUCUCUCUCGAGCCCGGUAAUACCAUUCUGCCUUUAUAUCAUGCGCCGCUGUGCGGCUGCUGGUUGGGCUCGAGAGAGCCCUUAAGUCACAACGGAACGAGUGAGUUCCGUAUGAACGAUCGGUGAGCUCCCCCUACCAUUGUAUAUUCCCGAUCGAAAACCGACAGGGCAACGGGCUCGUGGCCCAGUGGGUAGAGGCGUGGAGGUAUAAACUAACAGGUCGCGAGUUCGAGGCUCGGGUGCUCCACACUUCGGGCUUGGGUAUGGCUGGCUGACGACGGCUAACAAUCCAGAAAUGACCAUUCCAGUCUCCCUUGUCUUUGUCGGUAAUACCAUUCCACAGAUAUAUGUGUAUAUGUGUAUAUAUGUGUGCGUACAUGUGUCUAGCAAUUGAACCUGUCGGCGAUCUACUUGAGAGUCAAUAUGACGACGAGACCAAUAAGCUUAAACGAGCGCACCUUAUCCAGAUGCUCCAUUUUUGCCUCAAGACCUAUUUCACCUUUGAAGAAACGGUCUAUGAACAAAUCAAAGGACCUCCAAUGGGUUCGCCGCUGUCUGGUUUCAUUGCUGAGGCGGUCCUUCAAAAGUUAGUGACGCUGGUGUUCACAACCCGCAGACCAAUAUUUUGGGUACGGUAUGUGGACGAUACCUUCGUAAUCCUCAAGCGGGAGAUGGUCUUCGAAUUUCACACGAUCCUGAACUCUGUUUUUUUCCGGACAUCCAGUUCACAAGGGAGGCAGAAGUCAACAACCAGCUAGCGUUCCUAGACGUCCUGGUCCACCGCAAAAGCAAUGGGAGCCUAAAAACGACGGUUUACAGAAAGGCCACCAACACACAUCAGGUCCUCAGUUACUACAGUAACCACCCGUUGUGCCAUAAGCGUAGCUGUGUGCGGACUGUUUACAAGAGGGCGGAAACUCACUUCAGCGAGGCAGCCGACAAAGUGGCUACAUAUAAUGAGAAUAUUUCCGAAGCAGUCGCUCGUCUCUUACAACCACUGGGGUUCGGCGUCGCCCACAGACCUGAAGCGACAAUAAGACGUCUGGGCAUGAGGCCCAAGGCCCCUCUGUCACGAGGCGAAACAGCCAACGUCGUCUACCGUGUCCAGUGCAGUUCAUGUGAGGCGAACCAUGUUGGAAAGACCGGAAAACGCCUACAAACCCGCAUGCGUGAGCACGCCAGGGCAGUGAGAAGGAUUGACCAACACUCACUGGUGGCGGAACAUUGUGCUGCCUCUGGACACACUUUCGCCGUCCAGAACGCCGAAAUCCUAGGCCGAGGUACCGACCAGACAGCCAGGGAAACUCUCGAAGCCUGGCACACCGUACCAACUCCCAUCAACCGCUGCACGAUUCUCCCGGCGGCUAACCAGGCCCUACGAGUGCGGUUCAACCAACGGAAUCAAAGGCAGGAAGUCAGGACCACAAGCCCAAGUGAACACCGUUCGCGCCCAAACACCGAUGACGGAGAUCAGCAGGCCGAUAAAGUAGACACAGACAACGGGCCAGCAACCACCGAGGUGCACACGGGCAGAGGCAAACGGGCGACAAUCACGAGAAGCGCGGGUCAGGCACAACAAAUGCGGGCAAUGCAGACGAGGUCAAUGACCGUUGCCAUCCGGACACAGCCCACCCGACGAGGAGGCGCAGGAAGGGACCGACUAGCACGACUGCAAUUAACUUCUCCCCCCGCAGAAGACACUGCACGAAUAGCAGUAGGAACGACAACACUCCCGCAUGCUCAGCACCCGUAAAUAAUGUGAGGCGCCGUACAGAACCCACCUCCGACGAUGGAAGCUUGUUUGCUUUUGAAACUUCAGGAUAUUAAAUCUUUGAUUCCCGAGAUCGUCCCUUCUUCUCAUUUAUCCCCAGGGACGCGCAUUUUCGCUUUAAUUGGCCAUAUAUGUGUGUAUGUGUGGAUAUAAGUGAAAAAGGUAUGUGCACGCGUAUAUGGGCUUUGAGGACUGCGUGCGCAUGCCAUGCCACACUCCAGCAAACCAUGGCCUUCUCAGCCUGGUGCGUGCUGGCAGUCCUCUGGCACCUGAUUCCCUGCCGGUGGAUGCGUUUGCACUCCUGCUAGGUACAUAGGCCAUUUUUUGGUUGUCCAGUAAAUUGUCUUAUACUCCUUUUUCUGCCCCGUGUUUGUUGUUGGUUAAAAUACUCGUCAGUUGUUUGCUGUGGGUCAGGGAGUGUGGUGGUACACCUAGGCGCGGAUCCGGCUCUCUCAGCCACUUGUACUUUCUUUCACCUCUGUCUUCUGGUCUAUAUUUUGACACUGGGUUCGGGUGGGGAAGGGGGGAGCGCGGUAGAUCCUAUGCAAGUACGCCACCACUAGAACCUACUUCGCGCACAAGCCACCGUGCCUGCUCUCACCUGUAGGCUCAAGGUGGACAUCGUUGGCAACGACGGUCGAAUUGUCAUCAUAUAUGUGAACAUACGCAUAUCUGUUAGAAUUAUUUUUAUAAACUACGUCUCGGUCAUGUUUUGUUUUUCAUUUUCAGGCCAGAGUUGACAGCAACAGCACCAUGUUCGACUUUUCACUUUUGGGCAAGCCAGCAAGGAUAAUUCGUCGCCUUGAUCCCUCGCAGUCCUUGUCAUCUUUUGAACUCCUCAUCGAGGGCAAAACGGUCUCCUAG